GGUAAUUAUUCAUUUUGUAGGUAAAUAAAAAUAAUAUUUUCUGCGAGAACAUGGCCCAUAUACAGUUUGUGGACGAGUUGGUUAGAGAAUAUCUAUUAUUCAGAGGAUUCACGUCCACAGUGAAGGCGUUUGACAAUGACUUAAAAGCCGAUAAAGACAAAGGUUUUAGAGUGGACAAAAUCAUUGAACAAAUCUUACAUUAUAUCAAUGUCUCGGACCUAAAUGGCUUGAAGGAGUAUUGGUUACAUCUGGAUAGUUUAGUAUUUUCUAAAUUGGAGAUCCACAUGCAGCCAGCUGUGAGAAAAAUAGAGUAUAGUCUAUACAAACUGUACUUGGUGACAGCAACUCAGAGCACUGGGGGAAGUCGUAACGAGAAGGUGGCUGACUUCAUGGCCAAAAUGUUACCCGAGUUACAAGGCCAGAAUGAGUGGAGAGAUUGGUUCAUGCUUCCAUACAUCCAAAAGCCAGAAGAAAACCCAACCUUCAGCCUUUACUUCACGCGAUCAUGGCAGGACAGUGUGUUGGUGUCGUUGCACAAUCUACUGGCCACUGUUUUCCAGUGCAUGCCGCAGCCUACGCUUACCAGCUACGAGAGUGACGCGGCAAUGUUGAAACGGCUCCAGGAUGAACUUGCUGCUGUUAAAAAUAAGACACAACAGCAGGCGCCAGAGAAAACCUCACCAAUUGGACACCAGUCCCGCCUUGCCCUGUACUCCGAACGCCUUAGCGGACCACUGCCCUUAGUCGACGAUUUCUGCGCUAUACCCUCGGAACAACUCGACAGCAGCAUCAGAGAAGCUAGAGGGUUAAGAGGCCUUCUAAGGCAGAUGGGGGGCAGCCCGGUCAUGGGGCGAAAAGGAUCGAGAUCACAAAGUCAGAACUGACGCUUGUAGUCUAAAUGUAAAUAUGGUAAUGUAAGUAAAUGAAAUGUACACACACGUUCUUAUGAUCUGUUAAAUAAAGUU